GAUAGGUAUAGCUGAUUCAAGUGACCUAAUAUUUUCUUUUGCAAUGUCUAGCGCCGUAGAGAUAAACAUAGAUGAAAACUCGAUUCCGAGAGAUCACUUAGAAAAUGCAAUGAUAGAUAGUCAGUUACAUGAGUGUGUGAAGCAGGACAAUACUGAGGCCUUGAAAAGACGUUUCCAGCAACAUUUAACAGAGAAGCUAGUGACUCCCUGCGGGAAUACACUGCUUCACUUAGCUGUAAGCUAUGGAAGUGACAAUAUUAUAGCUUAUCUGGUUAAAGAGUUUCCUUCUCUAAUCACCAUGGCAAACAACCAGAACGACACAGUCCUUCAUCUUGCUGCCAGAGAAGGAACGGCUAUUCAUACAAUUAAAUCUCUCGUGGAAUUGAAUCCGAGCUUGAUGAGGAUGGCAAAUGGAAAGCGAAACACUCCUUUGCACGACGCAGUCAUCAAGGGUAACGAAGAAGUUGCCAAAUUCCUAGUUGCCAGAGAUCCAGAAGUGGCCUAUUACAGCAACAAGAACGGCAGUUCUCCUUUAUAUCUGGCUGUUGAGAAUGGCAAUAAGAACGGGAUACUUGAUGAUCUCUUGGAUUUGGGAGCUUCGAUUCCUAUAACAAGAGAAGAUGGUGAUGCCCUACCAAAACGAAAGUCCCCUGUUCAUGCUGCCAUCGAGCAACGUAACAUAGAUCUAUUGGAGAAAAUUGCAAAAGCAAAGCCAGAGCUAUUAUGUCUCACUGACGAAGAGUUGGGAAAUUCACUGCAUUAUGCAUCAUCCAUAUGUUUUCUGGAAGGAGUUCGAUUCCUAUUAAAGAAUUUUCUCAAUGGUGCUUAUAAAACAAACAGUGAAGGCAACUAUCCUAUCCAUGUUGCAUGCAAAAAUGAAUCUGUUGAUUUAGUGAAGGAAUUUCUUGAUAUUUUCCCAUAUCCUAAAGAAUUCCUCAAUAAAAAAGGGCAGAAUAUUCUUCAUGUAGCGGCUGAAAAUGGACAGGGCAAUGUGGUAAGGUACAUACUCGAACAGUAUCAGAAGAUCGUAGAACCACUGCUAAAUGAGAUGGAUGAGGAUGGGAAUACACCUUUGCAUUUGGCAGCACGACAUGGUCAAUCCACGGCUGCAUUUGUUCUUGUGCGUGACAAACGCGUUAAAAAUUCAAUUGUUAACAAUGAAAAUUUUACACCAUAUGAUGUUGCGAAACAACAAUCUAAAAUGGCUGUAGACCAAUAUGACAAAACAGAUGAAAUGCUUGCUAAGGAACGAGAGCAGUUUGAUUCAAAGAACAGUAUUCCUGCGGACGAGAUCCAGAUCGAAGUUAAUUCAGAAGAUGUGAAGGAUGGAAAGAAGAAUUCUACAACAGAAAAGUCGACCGCUUCGACUGGUUCUCAAGGAAAGGACAAAGCAGUUGGUUCAAAGCACUACAAGCUGCUUGAUUAUUAUGGAACGAUGACAACAUUAUCUAUCUUAUACUUCCAUGCCCGCCCUAAGAAAUCCCUAUAUGAGCGUUUCACUAGUACUCAAGGCAAGCCGCCAAGGAAACAGGAAACAAAGAGCAGGAUAGAGAAUCUUCUUGUUGUAGCGGUGCUUGUUGCUGGUGUAACCUUUGCGGGUGCUAUACAGAUGCCACAAUUAAGGGAUAAAAAUAACUCGAGUGAGCAUCUUCAAGAAUUUAACAGCACUGCUACUGCCUCCCAUAACAGCACUGCCUUUGACAGUCCUACUGGUUCAUCUCUUUUGGAUGGUUAUUUAUGUCUUGAUGUGUGGGCUUUAAAUACCUCUGUGGUGGCAGCUAUAAUCCUUCUCUGGACAAACUUGAAUGAUGUCAAGUUUGCACCAUUUGCACUUUGGUUUUCAUCCUUAAUGGUGGGUGGGUCUAUUUACAUGAUGUGCUUGUCAUUCUUUUUUGCCGUGAGCAUAGCAGUAGGUGGAUCCAAUUAUGGGGUGUUCGCGAUCAUCAUUAUAGUGGUGGGGAUCGUGUUUUUCGUUGCUCAAACAUUGCUUUAUAUUCAAUGGAUUCUUCCACCAUCCGUCAACCAAAUUAUUGAAGGAAAGCUCUCGCAUUAUGUCUACUACAUCUCGUUUUUCAUGCUUGUCUACAAUUGGAGGUGCCUGAUUUAUAGUGUUCCUCGUCUUCAUAAACUUCGUGAUCUCUGGACAAACUUUCCCAAGUAACUAUCCAGGUUGAUCUUCAUCAACAGAUGUCAUGAUUUUGUGUGAUCGCCUUUUUUUUAGAAGGUUAGGGAUGAAAAAGCAUCUUGGAAUAUUGUGUUUGUCUAGAUGUUGUAAUAAUAAUUUGAACUUGUAAUAUCUUUUGAAUUUCUAGUUGAAAUAAUGAAUUGAAUGUGUUCUAUCAA